AUGGCUGGAGUUUCAGUAGCAAUACCUAAUUUUUCAGGCGGUAUGGAUGAAGAUAUUACUACUUUUGUCAGGAGAUUUCAUGGGUUUCUAGAUAGUAUUAAUAUUAAUGUAAGGGAUAACGCACAAAGAGUUCGAGCUACAGGUUUAUUCCGAAGUGCUUUGUCUGGACCUGCUGGUGAUUGGUAUGAUGAAGAAAUACUCGGAAAAAAUUGGAUGUUAGCUAAUAUAUAUGACAAUACUACU